ACCCACUGGGUACUCACACUUUUGCUACUUCAGUUCCUAACAUCUUUCUCUCUCCCUCUGCUCUCUAUCUCAAAUCAAAAUCAGGAUAUGCUUUCUGGGUAUCUCAGAUUUGGGUGAUUUAAUCCUAUUUUACUUCUAAAUGGCAAAUUUUGAGUUGAUCUUUUGAUAUAAAUUUUACAAACCAAGUGACCUGUUAUGAGUACUGAUUAUCUGUGAUUGGAAUAAGAUGUACAUUCUGGAUGUCAUAUUCAUUGUGUUUUAGUACAUUUAGUUCAAAGAUACUCGAGAAUUUAUGGCUUAGGACAUUGUUGUUUGUCAUUCAAAGAAUUAGGGUUUGGUGCUCUGUGAAUUCCCAUUUAGUUGAAGGGCUUUAGGUUAUAACUUUGACGAUGGAUUUCUUCAAAGUAAGGAGGUUUAGGAAAGUUCGUAAACCGGAUCUGCAGGAAGAAUUUGAGAAGCCAAUUCCACAACCUAAGGAUCCUAACCAUGAGAAUGAAAAUAUAGAUGGAAAGUCGGUUGUUAUGGAUGCUCCACCGGACGCGGAUGAUGAUGAUGAUGAUUUUAUUACAAAUGAGGUGAAGAGGAGGUUAAAGGAAUUGAAAAGGAAUAGUUUUAUGGUACUCAUUCCUGAAGAGGAAGGCGGUGAAGAAGAUGAAGAGGAGGAAGGUGAGACAAGCUCGAGCGAGGGGAGGGAUAUUGGAACUCAAGUUGAACACUUGUAUUGUGAUUUUGAAUCUAUUUACAUCAAGUAUUGUGAGAGGAUGCUGUUCUUUGAUCGGAUGAGUUCUCAACAACUGAAUGUAGCUGGUAAUGGUAACAAUAGUCCUUCAACACGAUCUCCGAGAGGUGCAUCUCGAAAGCUUGUAUCUUCCUUCCGUUGCCUCUCGCUGAAGAAGGUUGAAGAACCCGACAGCGAUACUGAACAGCUGCAGAAACCGGAUGAUAUUCCUUAUCAAGACCUAGAAACCGCAUACGUAGCUCAUAUUUGCUUAACAUGGGAAGCCCUUCACAGCCAAUACACGCAGCUGAGCCAGAAAAUAUCGUGUCAGCCCGAGAAUAACCCUACUUGUUAUAACCACUGUGCACAGCAGUAUCAGCAGUUUGAUGUGUUGUUGCAGAGAUUUAUAGAAAAUGAACCGUUUGAACAAGGUUCACGAGUAGAAAAAUACGCACGGAGCAGAAAUUCCUUGUCCAAGCUCCUACAGGUUCCAAAGGUGCAAGGAGUCGAUCAGAAUAUGGUGGACGAUGAUGAAUCGGAUUACAGGAUUCUUGCCCCUGACCUCCUUAAGUUAAUUCAGACUUCAAUAUUGACAUUCUACACAUUCUUGAAGAUGGAUAAGAAGAAAGCUGGCGGGAUUCGUAAUCUGUUUGGAAGCGAUAAUCAAAUAGCUACAUCUCUUCAACAUGUUCAGCAAGUUGUGGAAAAGAAAAGGUUGAAACUAAAGGAAUUGUGCAAGAAGAAAAGUUUAAAGAAGUCAUGGCCUUCGUCACACGGAGAAGUGGACAUUCUUUUGAGCCUAAUCGAUGCUAAGAUCGUUUCUAGGGUACUAAGAAUGGCUAGGAUCACCAAAGAGCAAUUGCUAUGGUGUGAAGACAAAAUGCAAAAAGUUAACCUCUCGAAUGGGAAACUUCAUCGGGACCCUUCUCCUGUUCUCUUUCCUUGUUGAUGAACGCAUUGGAUGGCUCCAUUCGUCCCCAUUAGGUUCCUACUUUUUUCGGCUCCUUUGAAACACAAUACGGUGGAGAUUUUAUCGAAUGGUUCAAGUAGUUAGUAGUUAUGUUCUAGCGUCUACCGGCAUUGUGACUCUGAUCAUAUUUUGGGGUGUAAUUUGAACAAUGGUGGCUGAAAUACAAAUUUGCUUGAGACUUAGAAAUGUUUGAGAAGUCAUUAGUUUAUGACACCCUUGACUGAUUAUGUAGUUAGUCUAAAUGGAGUGUAUGUUAAUCUGCCUCCACUACUUUCAAAAUCAAUGGCUAUGAUCUCUUUGCUUUUGA